AUGGACGCUACAUGGACUGUGAAAGUGACACCAGAUGUCUUGAGCUCCUCAACUGGUUUGGAAGUGACUAAACUUGCUCCCAAGAAGUGGGGUCUUUCAGAUGGUUCAAGCAUUGUUUUGGUUGCAUUUCUUGGUGGGGUGUCCUUUCUUAUAUCACAAGGAAUUGACCUCAGGCCCAACCUUGCAGUGAUAUUAGGUCUAGCCGCAGCAGAUGCUAUAUUGCUGGGCGGUACCUGUUUAGCUCAAAUCUCAAGUUACUGGCCACCAUUUAGGCGCCGAAUACUUGUUCAUGAAGCUGGACACCUACUAACAGCUUACCUGAUGGGUUGCCCAAUUCGUGGGGUGAUUUUAGACCCUAUAGUUGCAAUGCAAAUGGGCAUUCAAGGACAGGCAGGGACUCAAUUUUGGGAUGAAAAAAUUGCCAAUGACCUUGCUGAAGGCCGACUUGAUGGUACAGCUUUUGACAGGCAUCAUUCCACCACUCUAGAUCCUAGGUUCAUCGACUUUGAUGCUUCCCAUAUUUUUAGCAAUAAAUCUCUUUUUUCUUCCUUUUCCACUUCUGCUGAAGCGCUUGUUUACGGUGAGGCAGACGGUGGAGAAAAUGAUGAAAAUCUAUUUAGAGGCAUCUGUCUUCUUCUUGAUCCUCCAUUGUCAACAGCUGAGAUGUCCAACCAAGCUAGAUGGUCAGUUUUGCAAUCAUAUAAUUUGCUCAAGUGGCAUAGAGCAGCACACCGAGCUGCUGUUAAAGCAUUGGAAAGUGGUGGCAGUCUUAGUGUUGUGAUUAGGAGCAUUGAAGAGACACUGUAUUGUAAAACAUAA